GUAGAAAACUGGUAAAGAAAGAAAAGAGAAGCAAAGCAGAAAUCCAGAGAAAAGAAUCAAUCAAAAAUGGAGGUGGGGUUUUUAGGGCUUGGAAUAAUGGGGAAGGCCAUGUCGUUGAAUCUGCUUCGCCAUGGAUUCAAAGUCACCGUGUGGAACAGGUCUCCCUCUAAGUGCGAUGAACUUGUUGAGUAUGGUGCUUCAACUGCAGAAUCCCCUGCAGCUGUAGUUAAGAAGUGCAAGUACACCUUCGCCAUGUUGUCCAAUCCCGUCGCCGCCCUUUCGGUGGUGUUUGACAAAGAUGGUGUUCUUGAGCAAAUCUCUGAUGGAAAAGGUUACAUCGACAUGUCCACCGUUGAUGCCGAUACUUCUUCUAAGAUCAGCGAGGCAAUUUCAUCAAAAGGUGGUUACUUUCUUGAAGCUCCUGUUUCAGGUAGCAAAAAGCCUGCAGAAGAUGGUCAACUAGUAAUACUUGCCGCAGGGGAGAAGACACUAUAUGAUGAAGUGAUUCCUGCUUUUGACGUCUUGGGAAAGAAGUCUUUCUUCUUGGGGCAGGUUGGAAAUGGAGCAAAAAUGAAGCUCGUUGUCAACAUGAUUAUGGGAAGUAUGAUGAAUGCUUUCUCAGAGGGACUUGUUCUUGCUGAAAGAAGUGGACUUGAGCCUGGUAAUCUUCUUGAUGUAUUGGAACUGGGUGCAAUUGCUAAUCCAAUGUUUAAGCUAAAAGGACCAAGUAUGAUUCAGAGCAACUACUCUCCCGCGUUUCCUCUGAAACAUCAGCAGAAGGACAUGAGAUUGGCUCUUGCCCUCGCAGACGAGCAUGCUGUCUCGAUGCCGGUAGCGGCUGCGGCCAAUGAGGCUUUCAAGAAAGCAAGAAGUGUAGGACUUGGGGACCUCGACUUUUCAGCUGUUCAUGAAAUUUUCAAGGUUCAAGAACCUCCAUCUUAAUCAUACAAAAACGUGCACUAGACAAUGACUUUUGUCAAAUUUUCUUUAUUUGUGGGACAUAUAUGUGUUUGGUAUCAAUAAAAAUAACUUGAGUACACAAAGGUUGUGGAUGGUAUGUAUGGUUUUGAGGUCUUCUAUUGAUAAAAACACU